UCAUCACUAGCUACCAGAAACGUCUCACCCUUUUGUUAGCACCAAAAGUCUUCUUGUCCUUCUAAAAUCUCUUCAACAUUAGCAACCCUACUAUUUACAACUACAUAAAAUUUUUGUUUUCUUUCCAAUUUGCCGACCCCAACUUAUUUAGAACUGAGUCGUAUUAUUUUUGUUGUAACAAGUAACAUCGCUCUCUGGUCCAGCAUCUCAUUUGUUCUCAUCGAUCCCCCCUAUGUAAAUUCUCAUUCACCACAAAAAAUGUCAAUUCCAAAACAUGGGCACAGAUGCCACAGAUUUUUCAAGUUUAUAAUCCCAUCAAUUACUUGUCUAAAUUAAACUUGAAAAGUUACGUUGUUGCCAGAUCAGAUAUUCCCUUUUGUUGAUAGCAUAUCUCCACCUCUAAUAGUGUGUGUUAUUGACUUAUCAAUUAAGUCGAUAACAGAAAAGGAAGAUUCGUAUUCCUUUGUUUUUCUGGAAAUUAAAGACAAAUGAUGAUCUGUUGGGAUAACGAGUUCUCACGUGAAGUAGUAGGGAUGGCUUGGAUUAUGCUAAGGAUUGAUUACUCAAGGCUUUUUUGGCUAUUGUUUGGUGUUUUCUCUUACGAAAAUCAUGAAGGAAAACCUCGGAUUUCCCAGCAUUUCUCUCUCUCUCUUUCUUUCUUUUCUCGCUCUUAGUCACUAAAAAGUGUUAAUUAUUCUGUCCUCCGGUGGACUGAACUCUGCCAAGAGGUUCUUUUUCUCACGUCCGUUUCAUUUCCCUUCUUUCACCAAGAUAAACAACUACUUCUCCGGCUAAUAAAGUUUAGUGAAAAUAAUAUAGUUAGCAAUAUAUAUAUAUAUACACACAAUCUUCAAAAGAAAAAGAAGAAACUUUUCUUUUGAUUCAUUCACCAUGCAUAGAGUUCGAAUGUUUGAAUUAAACUCGGAGUUGGAAUAUGUGGAAAUUGAUUCAUCAAAACGCUAUGGACGUUUCAAAGAAAUCCUUGGAAAAGGAGCAACAAAGAUAGUGUAUAAGGCAUUUGAUGAGUUACUAGGAAUAGAGGUAGCUUGGAACCAAGUGAAACUGAAUGAUGUGUUUAGAUCACCUGAAGAAUUACAAAGGCUCUACUCAGAAGUCCAUCUCCUCAAGGAACUUGAUCAUGAAUCCAUCAUGAAAUUUCAUGCAUCUUGGAUCAAUGUUGAAGGCAGAACCUUCAACUUCAUCACUGAAAUGUUUACCUCUGGCACUCUUAGAGAGUAUAGACACAAGUAUAAGAGAGUAAAUAUACAUGCAAUCAAGAACUGGGCACGACAAAUCCUCAAAGGUCUUGCUUAUUUGCACGGUCACAAUCCUCCAGUUAUACAUCGAGAUCUGAAGUGCGAUAACAUCUUUGUCAACGGACAUCUUGGUCAAGUCAAAAUUGGUGAUUUAGGCUUAGCGACCAUACUAUGUGGAUCACACCAUGCUCAUAGUGUCAUAGGUACUCCUGAGUUUAUGGCACCAGAACUAUACGAAGAGGAUUAUGAUGAACUUGUAGAUGUAUACUCUUUUGGCAUGUGUGUAUUAGAAAUGCUCACUUCUGAAUAUCCAUAUAGUGAAUGUUCAAAUCCAGCUCAAAUAUACAAGAAAGUGACCUCGGGAAAGCUACCAAAAGCAUUUUACAAGAUCAGUGAUGCUGAAGCCCAAAUAUUUGUUGGAAGAUGCUUGAAUCCUGCUUCUGAAAGGCCAUCUGCUUCUGAGCUAUUGAGGGAUCCAUUCCUUGCUGUUGAUGAGGAUGAACAAUUAUCUCCUGUCAUAAAUUUGCCAUGUCAUCAAAAGUUUACACCAAAUGGGGAACAAAAUGAAGCACCUUGUCAGUUUGAUGAUUCAGUACUAGGUGGCACAGACAUGACAAUAACAGGAACAAUGAAUCCUGAAGAUGAUGCCAUCUUUCUCAAAGUACAAAUUUCUCAAAAGAAUGGCAAAGCGAGGAACAUAUUCUUCCCAUUCGACAUAUCUAAUGACACUGCAAUGGAAGUGGCAGUGGAAAUGGUGAAGGAGUUAGACAUAACAGAUUGGGAUCCUCUUCAAAUUGCUGAUAUGAUUGACGAGGAAAUUUCUGCUUUAAUUCCAGCAUGGAAGAAUUCACAGGACUCUGUUCAGAAUUAUGAACAGCAGCAUAGCUUCAACUACGUAGAAGAUGAUGACGAAAACCAUCGCAAUCCUUUCUAUUACGUUUCUUCCCAUUCUUCUUCUCAACUUUCUCUCCCUGCUCUCCUCCCUUCAUAUGAAUGUCUUCAAGAUGAGUUGAAACUGUAUGAUGAUUCAAGUUCUAUGAACUCCUAUGGAUCCUACAACAACUUAAACUUUUGUUCCCUUCAGGAAGAUGAUGCUGAUCAUGAUUUGAACUACAAGAAAGCAGAAUCUCAGUACUGUACUGAUCAGAAGACAAACAAAUGUACUACAAGGUUCUGUCCUGGAACAAACAUGUCCAAGAAUCAGAGCGCGCUAAUGAAUCAACAUCCAAAAUUGACUAAGGUAAAAUCGCUAGUUGAUAUCCGUAGUCAAUUGCUGCAUCGUUCUCUUGUAGAAGAGAUAAGUAAGAGGCGCUUGUUCAACACUGUUGGUGCUGUUGAGAAUAUUGGCUAUCACGAUCCUGCCAUCAACAAAAGCCAUGGCUUAGGUUGGUGACCUUCAUAUAUGCUCGUCAAAGGUUAUCCCGAUGGUUAAUGUUGAAUGUGUGUGAACAAAGAUCUCACACCAUGUUAAAAGUACCUUUGGACUGGCUUAGCCCAAAUAAAACGAACAGAAUGUGAUCUCUCUUUCGUCAAGUCCUUUGGGACUUGAAGACAACGAUGAAAUAUUUUUACUCAUCGUCUGAUUGUAAGAUACUAUUGAAUCUCAAAACUUUCAAGUUUAUGUUUAUGUGAACUGCAGUUCCCUGCCAUAAAUAUUUGUUGUAAGCUUGUGACAAUAUCCAACUUUUUCA